UGACCCUCUUUCACUCCAUUCUCAUGAACCCACCUCUUUUCCACUAGUAGACUUUUUUUCUUCUUCUGCUAUGGCUUCUGUUUCUGAAAUUAAACAAGUACUUGAAUUCUUGAAGAAUAAUGGCUUCUCAGAAUCUGAAUCAGCUCUUAUGGAAGAUAUUAUGGAGAAAUCUGAAUUGGCUUCUUUGGAUUAUGAAACAUUCUUAUUCCCUGUCAUUCCUCCACUUCCUCCUCUUAACCUCAUUUCUAAUAAGAACUCUGUUUCUUCUUCUGACGAAGAAUUUGUUAGCUUGCCUUCUUCUGCUACCGAUUUCUGCUCCUCUGGUUUAUUGUGUUGUCUCUGGUGCAGAAUUUACAAAUCCAUAUGGAAUUCAUACUACGGCUGCUCCCACUUCUCAAUCAUCAUCUGAUAGAUUAUCUCAAUUUGGAACUGCAAGAGAUUAUCAUGAUUUUGAUAUGCAAAAUGACCUCUUCUGGUAUCGGGAGAAAGAUGAAGAUUUUCCCAUGCCACCUUACUUUGGGAACUCAGAUGGUGUGGGGGAUCCUAGUGAGGACAAGUUUGUUAUGUCCGAGAGACACAGUGCCGCCAAUUGGGAGUGUAAAUCACCUAUAGAUGAAGGGUUGAAAGAUUAUUAUUAUCAUUUGGAUAAACAAAAGCAUCUUGAAGGGAAAGGUCAAUUUAGCUGUUCAUCCCCACUUUGUGCUUGCUGCAAGGGGCCAAAAGGGAUUUAUGGUGAAGAUAUCGAUAUCAACUUAACGGGGACUAACUAUUUUCAGUAUGAACCAACUGGAGAGACGAAAACUAACUAUUUCAUUGAAACAAGUUGCAAUACUGACUGGGUUGGAGAUAUCAAAGGUACCCGUGACCUUCAACCUAAGGCUAUUGAGAAAGAUUACCACUCAUAUGUGCAUAGAGACUAUGAACCAAAAGAUGAUAGACUGGAAGCUUUGGAAGGCAAUGAACCCGAUGAGGCAGCAGAUGAUGAGGGAGGUGCUACUUCAGAUGAGCUUUUGAUGUUUGAAGGAGAAAAUGAGUUUGAAGUAUUUAAUCUGAGAAUUAUACACAGGAAAAACAGGACUGGGUUUGAGGAGAGUAAGGACCUGCCUAUUGUUCUAAAUAGUAUUAUCGCCGGUAGAUACUAUGUAACAGAAUACCUUGGUUCAGCUGCAUUCAGCAAAGUCAUUCAGGCUCAUGAUAUGCACACUGGGGUAGACGUUUGCUUGAAGAUAAUAAAGAAUGACAAGGACUUCUUUGAUCAGAGUUUGGAUGAGAUUAAGCUUCUCAAGUUUGUGAACAAGAAUGAUCCUUGUGACGAGCACCAUAUACUGCGCUUAUAUGAUUACUUCUACCAUCAGGAACACCUCUUUAUCGUUUGUGAACUUCUCCGUGCAAAUUUAUAUGAAUUUCAGAAAUACAACCGAGAAUCUGAUCUAGAGCAUUAUUUUACAAUGAGCAGGCUGCAGACCAUAACUCGACAGUGCUUGGAGGCACUAGUGUUUUUGCAUAAUUUGGGGAUCAUCCACUGUGAUCUGAAGCCUGAAAAUAUUCUCAUCAAAAGUUAUCGAAGAUGUGAGAUAAAAGUUAUUGAUCUUGGAAGCAGUUGCUUUCAGUCAGACAGCUUGUCCUUAUAUGUACAGUCUCGUUCCUAUAGAGCUCCUGAAGUCAUCUUAGGCCUCCCUUAUGAAGCGAAAAUUGAUCUUUGGUCUCUUGGCUGCAUCUUGGGAGAACUGUGCUCUGGAGAGGUGCUUUUUCCAAAUGAAGCAGUUGUUAUGUUGCUUGCACGUGUGAUCGGAAUGCUUGGUCCUGUAGACAUGGACAUGUUAGAAAGGGGACAAGAGACACAAAAAUAUUUCACAAAGGAUUAUGACCUUUAUCAUAUAAAUGAGGAUACUAGUCUACUGGAAUACAUCAUCCCCGAGGAAAUGUCAUUGGAGCAUCAGCUGUCAGUUUCUGAUCCAUUGUUCCUUGAUUUUGUAAGAAAGUUGCUUGAGAUAAAUCCUCAAAAACGCUUUACGGCCAAAGAGGCCCUAGAUCAUCCUUGGCUUUCCCAUUGGUAUGAGUAGAAUCCAAGUUUACUUGUUUUUGGUAAUGUUUGUUCACUAUUCAUGGUAUAUCACCAGCUCGAAGCUGUGGUUCUCGGAGAACAAAGGUUUCCUGACGGAGCAAAGGUUCGUUCUUUGUGUUGUGGAUAUUGAUUCAAUGAGUACAUAUUUGUCAAUUUCUCUGUUGCAUAUACCAAUUGCUGAUUUAAUUUUCAUUACUGAUGCUUUCUUGUAGAUAUUAUAGGGAAAAACUGUUUUGUUUUGCCUUUGGAGGAUAAGCCAGUUUAGUCUCCCAAUGCAGUUUUGAGUUUUGUGAGAUAUGAAUGUACUCUUCAUGUGUAUUCAUAAUUUUUGUGUUUUUUUUUUGGGUAAAUAAUGAAAAGAAUUCUAUUGGUUAUAUUUGUUGAUAAAAACUGCUUCUAUGUGAUUGAUGUCU